AUGGAGUAUGUCUACUCCAAGGGGCCUCGCAAUAUGCGUUCCCUCAUUCAAGCUGUCAGUAUUUUCACCAACACAAUCUCUGCUACUAUCUCUGAGACAUUGGUACCGCUUUACCAGGAUCCUUCGCUCUUGACCUUUGUCGGUGGAACCAUUCUCAUUCUCCAGUUCUGGGGCCAAGAUAGAGAUGAGGAUAUGUUAAACAACUUGCCCGAAGGUGAUGUGCAGGCUAGCGACCACCGGAAGGGCCAGGCACAGGCACAGUUGGAGAUUGCCGAGGUUAGCCCCGGUCGUGGCUGA